GUUGCCAUGACAACGACAACCGCGUCCUGGCAACAGCAGCGGAGAGAAGACAUUUCUCUGAGGAAGCGGGACACCAGCUCGGUGGCGAUGGAGAAGCCCCUGAGGAUCCCCCCCCAGAUGUCCAUCUACGCAGACCAGCACAACAUCCUCCACCUGGUGCAGAGCAUGGUGUCCAGCCUGGCGGUGGACCAGCCCGACGACCCCCUGGCCUACCUGCUGCUGCUGCUGAGGGACAGCAGUGUUCACGUUCCCAGGGUGCUCCUGCUGGGUCCGCCCGCAGCGGGAAAACACACGCUGGCCCAAAAGUUGUGUGCUCAUCUGAGAGCUGUUCACGUGACCUUGGAGGCUUUACUGGAGGACCAAUCAGAGACCAGCAAACAAGCGCGCCAAUACACGUUCAAACAACAGGAGGUUCCUGAUGAGUUGCUGGUCCGGUUGAUUCAAGAAAGACUGAAACAGACUGACUGCUUCAACCAGGGUUGGGUGUUGGAUGGACUUCCUCAGACUCGCCUGCAGGCUCGUAAUCUCCAGCAGGGCGGCGUCAUUCCCAAACACGUGGUGAUCCUGGAGGCUCCUGAAGAUGUCUUGAUGGAGAGACAUCGAGGCCGGCUGCUGGACCCGCUGACAGGAGACGUGUACCACGAGACCUUCAUCAGGCCGACAGAUGGCGAGGUGCAGCAGCGUUUGGAGCCCAAGGUGGACGCUACAGAGAGUCAGCUGAUGGCCGACCUGCAGCGUUAUCGCUGUGAGGUCACCGGGAUAAGCUCCGCCUACUCCCACAUCUUGAAGACCAUCAGCAGCGACCAGCCUCCUCUCGACAUCUACCAACAAGUUCUGGCUUUUGUCCGGACUCAGCGUUGCACUCGGACUCCCAGAGUCCUCCUGUUGGGUCCACCAGGCUCAGGGAAGACUCAUCAAGCCAAACUGCUAACUGACAAGUACAAGAUGGUGGACAUAUGCUGGACUGACCUGCUGGGAUGGGCUGAAGCUGACCAGUCAGCCAUCGGCGAAGAGGUGCGAUCACACCUGCAUGCUGCACAGCCAGUUCCAGAGUCCGUGACUCUCCAAGUUCUCCAAGAACGUCUGAGCCGAGUGGACUGUAGCUCCAAAGGCUGGAUCCUUCACCACCUUCCAUCUGAACCUCAGCACGCCAAGCACCUGCAGCAAUCACUCAACUCCCCCAACAGGGUUUUCUACCUGGAGUUGACCGAUGACCUUUGUGUGGAGAGACUCACGCUGAGAAGCACGGACCCCGUCACCGGACUCAGCUUUCACGCCGUCACUCGACCCCCUCCGGACCCUGAGGUCCAGGACCGUCUGCAGAGCAGGACCGAGGACAGCCCGGACAACGUCACGCACACACUCGGUGUGUACAGGACGCACACUGCAGGGCUGCAGUGUGUUUUCCCAGAAGGCGUGCACGUUGAUGCUGAUCAGGAUCCUCAGUGUGUGUUUGAGGCUUUGGAGAAACAUCUCACCAUUGAGUGACAACACUGUGUGUGUGUGUGUGUGUGUGUGUGUGUGUGCGCACAGACCUCCUUACCAUGCUUGUUGACUUAAAGGCGGAGCUUUGUGAUGAUUGACAGCUCACUGAAGUUUUACUGAAGUCUUUGUCAGGCAAUUUUGGUAAACGACUAUAAUUAAUCCUCCUUUUAGGUCAAUGUGUGAUUGACAGCUCUAUUUUAAGACUUCCUGUCAGCGACAGGAAGUGGAACGACGGAGACGUGAUACACGUCGGACACGCGGUCACGUCAGAUGUUUCAACUUCAAAGCGUUUCGUGCUGCCGUGAUUGCAUUUUUAUAUUGAUUUUCUUUACAGACAAUAAAGUUCUACAAUCUU